CGAGAUUUUGGUUUGGCGCGGAAACUUGGCGCGCAAGCGCGUGAGCUUUCGUUAGUAUCAUUUAAACCGUCGAUUGUUUUGGACACCUCAUCGGGUUGUGGGUUCCUAGAGCGUGGUCAACGCCGAACGAGGUUUACGGUGCUCUUUGAUGGUUGUCUGCUGUAUCUGAAUUUUUUUGUUGGAACGUUCGAUGAAUGGUUCAAAAUUCGGAAAAAAUAUAAUCACAGGUCCAGCACGAGAGGGCGAAUUAUCAUAAAUUAAAUAAGGUUGUGAACAAUUAGAUAAAAAGAUGCUGCAGCAGACUGAUCUCAAUCUCCGAAUGGUGUUGAUCUUACUAUCAUUGAGCAUAUCACACAUCUAUGUGAGCGCUAUUGAAACUCCAGAGCCUUCAUCGUUGUUACGACCUCGGGACAUCAAUCCACAUCCUUACGACGAUGCCUACGACGGAGUCAGCAUUUUUGAUAAAAGUCUUAUAAUUAACAGUGGAAAGUAUAUGGAAAAUUUACUAAGCCAAGCUCCAAUCCAAUUCCCACGGAUAACGAAUAGUGCAGCGAUGAAUGCAUUACCCCAUCCAUACGAGAAGUUCGCCCUCAAAGAACGACUCGCCAAAACGGAACGCUUUUCCGGAGCAGACAAUCAAAUCGUCAAACCAGCGUACAAGGCUCUGGCUAAAUAUGCUGCGCGUGUUCUGAAUCGCCAAGUAGAAACUAACCUCGCAGACAAUGAUUACGAUAAUUACAAUGAAGCAAGCAAUCUCAAGAAACAUUACGCCUUUUCUUACACGGUGAAGGAUUCGGCGUCUGGAGACGAUUUCUCCCACACCCAGCAACAGCAGGUCGACGGAGCAGUCAAAGGCAGUUAUAAAGUUCAACUACCCGAUGGACGAAUGCAGAUCGUUAAAUAUGUCGCUGACAAUAAUGGGUAUCGUGCCGAUGUGACCUACGAGAAUGAUAACGGUGAGAAUUCGAUCAACCACGUGACCGCAGCUCCCGCCGUAAUUCAAAGACCGAUAGCCGUAGUUCCAGUAGUUUCUCCUCUGGAAUCAGCUCAACCUAUUUAUAACUAUUACAAACGCCUGCAACAGUCCCAGCAAUAUACAGGACAAUCGGUUCCUGUUCAACAACCACGUCCCCGACAGAGGAUUUAUUAUUCACAAGCAUCUCCUACCCAAAUCCCUGCUCCUUAUUACCCAGCUCAGUUACGCGUCAACGAUGUCAAGAUCCACAGCUACAAUACUGGUCCACAUGCAAAUAAUCUUAUCAGAUCCACCAUAGCGCCGUCCCACGGAUCGUACGUCACGUUUCAACCGACAUCGAACAUUGCAUAUGUGUCUUCCACUCCCAACCCAUCCCAAAUUCAAUCCAACACCAUAGCCCAGGGAGGGCUUAUUCCGGUUGUAGUAACAACAGCUCAACCCGCGGUAUACCCCAUCUACAGGGACAUUAACGUGACACCGCCCAGCAUUGGGCCAACAGUGCGUCGGACAACCAUCUACGCCAAUCAAGUCACGCCACGGCCCGUUACAUACACUCCGGUUGUACCGGUACAAAGCAGUCAACCAGUAACGGACUACGACUACGUGCAAAUUCCAGCCAGUAACCAUGUGUACAAACGGAACACCGAAAAAGACAGUCAAGUCACUAAAAGCUCCGUGCAAACAUCAGAUAAAAAGAAAACGUUAGAAUAAUGGAUACGGAAAGGCGUAUUCGAAGAAUAGCACUCUAAUCAGUAAAUCUACGAAUCUCUAUUAGAUUUAAUAUGACAAUCGCUCGCAAUAACGAGAUAGGGCCUGUUGUGAAUAAGAAUUCCUGAAAAUAAAAUUAAUAAAUUG